AUGCGCAACAAAAUUAUCUGUUGCUUUUUACCUGGUUUGGUCAAUGACAAGACAAGCGAACGCAUCAGCAAAUUGGAGAAACAACUGACGCUCACCGCUGAAUCCGUGAAGAAGCUUGACGAAACCAUCAGCGCACUUGAGCAGGAACGCACUGAUACGGUGAGUGAGAAGGAUUUGAUAGGCAGGUGA